AUGGCCUGGGUGCUGCACGUCUUGGCUUGGGCCGCUUUUGCGAUUCGCCCGCUGUCGAGUUCAGAGAUGGAAGAAGCUCUCGAAAUUGCAUGUUCUAGGGAAGGCCAAAGUCAGGCUCGCUCGAAGCCGAAGAGAGCCCUGUUGUUGACGUUGGAACUUGCCCUCCCAGGCCUCCAGCGAGUGGCUGACCAUGUCGUUUGGGCAGCGCCCGAGCUCUCGUCCUACCUUGAGGGAGCCUGGGCCGACUACUUUGGCGAAGAAGACUUUUUCAGGCCCCAUAGCCUUUCCGGACUUCUGGCGUACGCCACCAAGUACUGGAUCGAGCAUCAGAGGCGGGUGCCAGCUCCCGUAGAGGGCGACGCGGCUGCCGUCGAGAUAACAUUCUCUGCUGUAUUAGAGACAUCGCCCGAGUUCGACGCGGACAGUUUCAUCCGAUACCUCAUCUCCCAACACUGGUCCGCAGACGCUGCUGAGGAAGCAAAAACAAAAUUGCAACCAAGCGCCAUAAAGAGCGCCUUGGCUGUUUAUGCGUUCGAUGCUUGCUACAUAUCAUACCGCAUGGCGAUUCUCCCGAUAAGUGCCCAAGAUGACCUAGACUGGAUACUGUUGGGGAUCGUGGGCGCGACUCUUCCCGAGGACAAGUAUGUCGAGAUCACUGUGAACUCGCCCGGCCUGAUCAACGGCAUCGCGCAGCCCAGCAGGCUCCAGAGAGCUGUGGCAAGCGCCCCCAGCCACUUGCGCAAGCGUCUACUCGCUAGAAUGGAGGAGUUUGGGCCCGGGUUCCUCGAUGAAAACUUUGUUGAGGUGCUCCUGACUGCCAUCUCAUUGGGAAACAGUGAAGCAGUGGCUGAAUUAAUCAGCUCGGCACCGGGCAGCCCUCUCGGUCAUGCUGGGGCGGACGAGCCAGCAGCCCUGGGCUUGGGCUUGGGCACAGCCCUGCAAGUUGCCUGUGAAUUCGGCGACGCGGAGGUUUUUGAAAAGGUGUUGGAUCGCCAAGGUGUUGGAUCGCCAAGGUGCAGAAGCGCUGAAGCUGGAAGCAUCCUACUCCUAGAAUGCCAUCCACGUGCCUGCCAGCAUGGCCGUGAUGCGCUUGUAGGAGCACUAGCAACGAGGUACCGCAACGCUGCUCUGAAUACAGCCGCCUCGGUUGAGCUGAGUCCGUUCCGGGUCGCGUCAGCCCGAGGUCUUCACAAAAUCUCCUCUACUCUCGCGGGGCAAGAAUUCCCAGCCGACGUCGACGGCGGCCAAGGAAGUAUGUCGUCAUUACAGAUCGCGAGCACUGCCGGCUUCUCGGAAACACUGACCAGCCUGUCCCGUCAAAACUCAUGUGGAAUGUCGCUCAAACCGCACCAAAACGCCGCAAUCGUUCUAGCGAUAAAAAGCGGAAGUAACAAAGCUGCUUCGGUCGUCCACAGACGUCUCCGGGUAGCGAUCUUCGACAAAUACGUUGAGCUCAGCCGCCAAGCGCAUGACGCUUCCAACGCUAGAAUUGUCAGUGAAGGCGAAGAGGAUGACGAGGCACAUGCCGAAGAUGCCGACGAUUCAGAUGAUGCAAGCGAUGCCGGCAGAGGCCCGGUAUCAGCCAUGCUCAAGGACGUCGAGAAGAUCAUCAGAGAUGCUCUGCUUGCUAUUGUAGGCACCCGAAGAAUGCCUCUCGACAUGUUCGAUCUCGUCAGCAGCAACCUGGAUGACCCCUCAGAGGCAAAAGACGACCAGAGCCGGACCUUGCUACAUCUCGCGGCAAGAAUGGGCCGUCUCAAGUUGGUCGAGUCGACCGCGAUGCACUACGCCUGCUACCAUGGCCACCACAAGGUGGUCAAGUGCUUCUUGGAAAAAGAUGAAGUACUCUCGCGCAAUCUCGCUGUGCAGAACAAGGAGCUGGCGACGCUGGUGACAGUUGCCGCCAUGGGUGGCCACUUCAAGAUCCUCGAGCAAUUGUUGCCGCGGCUGUCCAUUGAGGAGCUCAAAGCCGAGUUCUCGCGGGCGGCGAAACGGAGUCUCGUUAGCCUAACGGACUCGGUGCUCAAAGCAGCCGUAAAAAUCGACCCGUCAUCCCGGCAGGACUUCGUCCAAGCCAAGGACGAUCAGUCCCUUCCCCCGCUCCACCUCGCCGCUUCCAACGACCAGCCUCGGAUGAUUCAGUUCUUGCUAUUGCAUCACCACAACCACAACAUCAAUGACAAGGGCCCUGACACUGCGACUACACCCCUCGGCCGGGCAGCUCAAAUAUCGGCGGUGGAGUCGAUGCGACUCCUUCUCGACGCGGGCGCGUCGACAGAUGUCUCUGUAAGACGGGGCAGGUCGAUCCUGUCUGAGGCGGUAUUCUGGGAGCGGCCGGCAGUCGUCAAGUUGCUUCUCGAGUACGGGGCGUCUACACGCCUGACGGGCAGCUGGAGCCACUACGGGAGUCUCUUUAGGUUUGGCGUUCUGAACUCUUCCCUGGAAGUCGUUCAAGACAUUCCGACGCCCGAAGAGGCCCUGAGAAUCACCAUUGACGCAAUAAAUGCCAAAAAUUUCAUUCUCGCCUUCAAAAGCCUCAAGCGCAAUUAUCCAAACAAGGUUGGAGAGGUCAUGCAAGAGUGCCGGAACAGUCUCGGGAGCAUGGUGGAGAGCACCGCUCAAUACGGAACUCUCGAAGUUCUUGAGGCCUUGUACGGAAUCGCCAGGGAUUACGUCGACUUCAAUGACACGGGCGGGCCCUACGGCACGGCGCUCCAAGCAGCAGCCCUUGACGAGAGGCCCGUUGGGGCUGAGAAGGUCUGCAAGCUUUUAGCUGGGCUGGACCCCGAAAAGCCCGGAUCGACGGCUGGUGGCGACGUGCCGAAUAGCACGAAAGGACCAACAUGCGGUAAGCUCGAGUUCAUUAAGGCUCUGCUCAAGGAUGUGGAGACUCGGAAGCAGCUCAUUGACAUGCCUGAUGUUGACGGAUGGACCCCGCUUCACUGGGGCUGCCGAUCAAGGAACUUUGACCUCGUCACGUACCUCCUCGAGGCAGGCGCCCAAGCCGAUAUCCCAGCGGCCGUGCCGGAUAAAUGGCUACCCUAUCAUGUCGCUGUUGAAAACGACUGGGGGGAAGAUGUACCACACAGGAUCAAAGCCGCCUACAAAGACAGCAAAUCACCUCCCGUAGAUGAGUCGUCGGUAAAGGAUGGCUCUCCUACCUGCGAAGACUUUGAUCUCUGUGACAAGUGCUGGAGACACGCCGACGUUCUGCACUUUCCAGAUAAUGUCUUCAGCUGA